UCAGUUUUCUCUCUAUCCCUCUCCCCAUCUCUCUCUCUCUCUCUGUUUCUGUUCUUUGCUGCUGCUGUCCUGGCCUUUUGUCAGCUCUGUAGUUUUUCGGAGAGCUUUGCCCCGCUGUGAACCGGGUCUCCCGACUCCCUGCUGGCUGUAGAUGAUUUUGAUGAUUGGGAGGGAAACGAAUCAGUUGGCAACAAGGACAAGAUGGAGGUGAUUGGUAUCUGACCCAGCACCUUUUUAAUGUGCUGUCAACACACACACGAUGCUCAUGUUGACAUGUGAGGUGCACCUGGCCAUACACCUCAUCACCUGCUUCCAAAAUAAUGCCGCCUUUUUGUCGUGCAAGAGUUUUCUAAAAUGCCCUGUAUUUUAUCAUUAUUUUUUUUUUACUUCAUCUGUCGAAACAGCAUGACCAGCCACGCAAUCGGUAAUUUGGUGAAAAAUACCAGAAGGCCACAAUGUUCCACGAGAUCGGCUCCCAUGUCAUGGAUAUCUAUGAGUUCCUCCUGGCGGGAAUAGACCCGCGGGUGAAACCCUAUCUGCUGAUGCAGAGUCCAGUGUCCAUGACCGCAAUACUGCUGUGCUACCUGUUCUUUGUACUGUACCUCGGCCCUCGAAUCAUGGCAAACCGCAAACCCUUCCAGUUAAAGGAAGCCAUGAUUGUCUACAACUUUGCCCUUGUGGCAUUGUCAACAUUCAUCGUCUAUGAGUUCUUGAUGUCUGGUUGGGUUACGACGUACACCUGGCGGUGUGAUGCAGUAGAUACUUCUGAAAGCCCUGAAGCACUACGAAUGGUCCGAGUGGCUUGGCUAUUCUGGUUCUCCAAAAUAAUUGAACUUAUUGACACGAUCUUCUUUGUUUUGAGGAAGAAGCAUGGUCAGAUCACCUUUCUUCACAUUUUCCACCACUCCUUAAUGCCUUGGACUUGGUGGUGGGGAGUUGGCUAUGCUCCAGGUGGAAUGGGAUCGUUCCAUGCCAUGGUGAAUUCCUCCGUCCACAUCAUCAUGUACUUCUACUAUGGUCUUGCUGCUGCUGGUCCACGCUUCCAGAAAUUUCUGUGGUGGAAGAAAUACAUGACUGCCAUUCAACUGACCCAGUUUGUGCUGGUGUCUCUCCACGCCACCCAGUAUUACUUCUUGGACAGCUGUGACUACCAGUUCCCGAUGAUCAUCCACCUCAUCUGGAUGUACGGAACCUUCUUCUUUGUGCUUUUCUCCAACUUCUGGGUCCAGGCCUACGUCAAGGGGAAGCGGUUGCCGAAGCAGGACAUCAAGCCAAGCCUGAACGGCGCUACCGUGUACUCCAACGGCAAGCACCACGAGAACGGCACCACCAACGGUAUCAACCACGUCCCUGCCACCAAUGGCUCCGCCCACCAUGAAAACAGCACCGCCCACAUGGGCAAAAUGAAAAAGGCCUAGGGUCCCUUGAAGGAAAUGCCCAAGAUGUAUGACCAUGUGAACCUGCACAAACUACUACUAUGGAUUCCAAAGAAUGUUUUGGCUGUGUUUCUUGUCCAGUUUUUAAGUCUUGUACACAAAACAUGGGGAAAUGGCGUGGUCAAUGAUUUCCACAGUUGGGGUCCCACAUAACGGUCAUUUUGGCACAGUUCUUGGGUUUAGUAUCGGCAGAAGCCGUCGGAACACGAUGUAUGAAGAGAAGAUGUUUUAAUUAUUUUUCACCAUAUGUUUAUCUUCACUGAUGUUGCCAACAGCCUCACUGUUAAGUAUCACCAUGGUUAGAUACCAUGUAAAAAACACCUCGCCUCUCACUACUCACCUGACCCCCUGUGGACAGAAGACUGUACAGUUUCUAUCAAACUUGAAUAUGCCAUCUUUUUUUUUUUUGUAAAUAGUUUUACCACCCAAAAAAAAAAAACUAAUGUUAUUGGUAUGCUUUAGACUUUCUAAAUUUUGUUAUACUAUUUAAAAUUAAAACUCCAAUAAAUUGAAUUUUAAAGUA